GUCAACGUCAUUCAUUUCACUCCAAAUGCUGCUGACGUGUCACCAACUACCCAAACCUAAUCCCUAACCUCCCUUCAUUUUCCUUCAUUUUCAUUUCAGCGUCAGAGCAAACAAAAAAAAAAAAAAACAAAUAAUCGCUUAAAUAAAAAAUCGCUUAUCAAUCUCACCGCCGAUGGCAAACAUUCCACCGGAGUUAUUCACCGACAUACUCUCCCUCUUACCGACGCAAUCCCUUCUCCGAUUCCGAUCAACUUCAAAAUCACUUCGUUCCUUAAUCGAUAGCAUCAACUUCAUCAACCUUCAUCUCAAAAACUCUUUCAAUUUCAAUUUCAGCUUAAUCCUCCGUCACAAUUCCGAUCUCUACCAAAUCGAUUUCCCUAACCUAACCACCUCCGUUCAACUUAACCACCCUCUCAUGUGUUACAGUAACCGUAUAACUCUCUUCGGUUCAUGUAACGGUAUUCUCUGCAUCUCUAACAUCGCCGAUGAUAUCGCUUUCUGGAACCCUAACAUCCGUAAAUAUCGGAUUAUUCCUUAUCUUCAACUUCCUCCUCGUUCUGAAUCCGAUACUACUCUCUUCGCUGCUCGUGUUCAUGGAUUCGGUUUCGAUUCGGUCACCGGAGAUUAUAAACUCGUUAGAAUCUCUUAUUUUGUUGAUCUACAACACCGUACUUUUGAUUCUCAAGUGAGAAUUUUCAGCUCGAAAUUGAAUUCAUGGAAAAUUCUUCCGAGUAUGCCUUAUGCUCUUUGUUGUGCUAGAACUAUGGGUGUUUAUGUUGAGAAUUCUCUUCAUUGGAUUGUUACUCGGAAACUCGAACCAUUUCAACCGGAUUUAAUUGUUGCUUUUGAUUUAACACAUGAGAUUUUCAAUGAGGUUGAUCUUCCUGAACUAGGAGUAGUUAAUACUAACAAUGAAAUUGAUGGUUUUGACGCUGAGAAUGCGAGUUUUGAAAUCGAUGUUGCGGUUUUGGGUGGAUGUUUAUGUAUGAUUGUGAAUUAUCAAGCUACUAAAGUUGAUGUUUGGUUGAUGAGAAAAUAUGGGUGUAGAGAUAGUUGGUGUAAAUUGUUAACUUUGGUGGAAUCAUGUUUGAUUUUACCUGUGAAAUCUUUGAGGCCUUUAUGUUAUUCUAGUGAUCGAAAAAUGGUUCUAUUGGAAGUCGAUCGUAAGAAGCUGUUUUGGUAUGAUUUUAAGAGUGGAAAUGUUAGUUAUGUUAAAGGAAUUCCUAGUUUGAAUGAAGCUAUGGUUUGUGUUGGAAGCCUUGUACCACCUUCUUUACCUUUUGAUAAUUAUAGGAAGGAGAAUCAGCUCAAGUUGAGAUGCGAAAGUAUAAGCAAGAGAAGGGAUGACUUCUUGUCCCAAGGAUUUAAAUUGACAUUGUAAGGGAGUGAAGGAAGAACUGGUGAUGUGUAGCUGAAACAGGAUGUUCAGGUUGUGUUUGGGGAUGGAAGGAAUGGAGUUCCAGUGCUCCACCCAUUUUUAUCUAUCUUUUUGAAUGGUGUGAGAUCACACUUAUGUAAAAAUAUCAUAUGAUGGGAACCCCGGUGGAACCAUGAAUGGGGAUGACCUAUGGUGAACGAAAGGCCUGCGAAAGUGCAACAAAAAUCUCAAAGCCAGAAUAGAAUAUUGAAGAUGAGGAAAAAAGAAGGUGAAGAUCAGAUACAGAUACCAGAUGUACAUGACUUCUUUCCUUUUAUUUGGUGUAUCACUUGGUCUAUAAUUGUGAGUAAUCCUACCGCACCGGUUAUACAAAGUGUAGAAAAAUUGCCUAGAAGCCUGUAUAGUGUAAAAAGUAGUGACUAAUUUUAUUAUCUGUGUGAGUUUGUAUGUAUGCAUGUUAAUCUGGUUUUUACCAUCAAGUGUAAUGAAACUUUUACAUUUGACAACCUUACACUAAUUGUAUUUAUGCUUUGUUUGCUUGUGAAAACUCUUGUCAACCAAACUAGUUGUGCACUA